GCCCCGUGCUCUCCGUGUAUCCCCGGAUCGAGGCGCACGCGUUGUUGCAACGUUCCGCACUUAGGGAUUAGAAUGUGCCUUUGCGUUUCGUUUUGUUUUGCAACAAUACAGGUGUGAGGGAUCGCAGCCCUGGUCCAGGCUCUAGUCUCCCCGCCCUCUCGCUUUCUUGGGCCUCCGGGCGCCUCAAAGGUAAAACUAGGCCAUUUGAAGCCUGCGAAGCGAAGGGCAGUCGGUCUUCAGGCCUAGCGGGCUGGGCUGGGCUGGGUCGGUGGACCCCUGGGCUGGCGGCGGGAGCAGAGUAUCGAGCGGCUUUUAGGUGGGGUUCGGGCGGGGGACCUAGGACAACCGCGGGCCUCGCUCCUCCCCGGACGGGGCGGGACGGGGAAGUCCCGCCCACCAGGCCCGGGUCCCGGGCCGCCCCGAGGGCUGCGCCCACCUCCUUCCUGCCUCGGCAACCCCGGGCCCUAAGGGCAGGCCCCAACCGCGGAGGAGCAGGAGAGGGCAGAGGCUGGCGGGCCAUGCCCUGGUCGUCCCGCGCCACCCUCCUUCGGGACCUGGUCCUGGGCGUGCUGGGCACCGCCGCCUUCCUGCUCGACCUGGGCACCGACCUGUGGGCCGCCGUCCAGUAUGCGCUCGGCGGCCGCUACCUGUGGGCGGCGCUGGUGCUGGCGCUGCUGGGCCUGGCCUCCGUGGCGCUUCAGCUCUUCAGCUGGCUCUGGCUGCGCGCUGACCCUGCCGGCCUGCACGGGUCGCAGCCCCCGCGCCGCUGCCUGGCGCUGCUGCAUCUCCUGCAGCUGGGUUACCUGUACAGGUGCGUGCAGGAGCUGCGGCAGGGGCUGCUGGUGUGGCAGCAGGAGGAGCCCUCUGAGUUUGACUUGGCCUACGCCGACUUCCUCGCCCUGGACAUCAGCAUGCUGCGGCUCUUCGAGACCUUCUUGGAAACGGCACCACAGCUCACGCUGGUGCUGGCCAUCAUGCUGCAGAGCGGCCGGGCUGAGUACUACCAGUGGGUUGGCAUCUGCACGUCCUUCCUGGGCAUCUCGUGGGCACUGCUCGACUACCACCGGGCCUUGCGCACCUGCCUCCCCUCCAAGCCCCCCCUGGGGCUGGGCUCCUCUCUGAUCUACUUCCUGUGGAACCUGUUGCUGCUGUGGCCCCGAGUCCUGGCUGUGGCCCUGUUCUCAGCCCUCUUCCCCAGCUAUGUGGCCCUGCACUUCCUGGGCCUGUGGCUGGUACUGCUGCUCUGGGUCUGGCUUCAGGGCACAGACUUCAUGCCGGACCCCAGCUCCGAGUGGCUGUACCGGGUGACGGUGGCCACCAUCCUCUAUUUCUCCUGGUUCAACGUGGCUGAGGGCUCCACCCGAGGCCGGGCCAUCAUCCACUUCACCUUCCUCCUGAGUGACAGCAUUCUCCUGGUGGCCACCUGGGUGACUCAUAGCUCCUGGCUGCCCAGCGGGAUUCCACUGCAGCUGUGGCUGCCUGUGGGAUGCGGCUGCUUCUUUCUGGGCCUGGCUCUGCGGCUUGUGUACUACCACUGGCUGCACCCUAGCUGCUGCUGGAAGCCGGACCCUGACCAGGUAGACGGGGCCCGGAGUCUACUUUCUCCAGAGGGGUAUCAGCUGCCUCAGAACAGGCGCAUGACCCAUUUAGCACAGAACUUUUUCCCCAAGGCUAAGGAUGAGGCUGCUUCGCCAGUGAAGGGAUAGGUGAACGGCGUCCUUUGAAGCAGGAUCAGACUCAGCUGGCAGAGAUGGAGAGUGACUCUGCUGGCAGAAAGCAGGCGAGGAUAAGCUAACGAUGCUGCUGUGGCCUCUGCACUCAGCAAGAGUGGGAUGCCUGUGCUGGGCCGGGCACCAGGGAUGGUGCUGAGUGGGGCAGAGGCCUGCUUUCAAGGAGUUCACAGUGAACAAGAUGAGAAGGGCUGGGCCCUGGAGGGUCAAGAGCCCCAAUUAUGUACAAGACACUUUGGGAGGAAAGAAGACUACCUUUUCCCCCUGCCAUUGGUAUAGCUGGUGCUCCAAAACUUCCACCUCCCUCCCUGGCCACCUCUAAAAUGACUGGUAUAGGUGCUGCCCCACCCCUUAGCUCCCCUAUCCUGGGCUAGGAGGCCACGGGGGCUGUCCUCUAGAAUUCUUCCUCCCCUCCCCCACACCAUUCAUUCAAUUCAUGAAACAAAUCUUUGCUGAGAGCAGUUUAUGUGCCAGGAACAUCAUUCUGUCCUUGCAACCUGGAACAAGACCAGCUACCACCCUAGCUUCAUCCCCUACUUGCACCAACCAGUCCCGGGUUAGAUCUCAAAUGCUGGAAGCCAGGGAUGCCCAACUCUGGGUAGCCCCAGUCAGAACCUCUGGGAUCUCAGUGAAGCUGGCCUGGCCUCUGCUCCUGCUCUCAAGGGGCUGCUUUUCAACCAAGAGCCUUGUGAGCCUGGUCUGAGCUUUGCACAGCCACUGAGUAUUUUUUAUGCCUUAGCCAGUGCACCUCCUACCUCAGUCUAUGUGAGAGGAAGAGAAUGUGUCCCUGUGGGUCUCUGCAAGUGACAGACGUGUUGUUUUCAACAGUAUUAUUAGGUUAUGAUUAAAGCCUCAUGAAAUCCUC